CCGAUUUUGCCCGUUCAUGUCAAGGGCCAAAGACCGGUGCCCCACGCUUCAAGUUAAUAUAACUCACUCAUUGGACGGCAGUUGCACAGUAGGGAAGCGACUCCCUGGAAAUUACAUUUGACACACCUGUCGUCAAUUGCUUAAAGCUGAGCCGGAUACUUCUCUCACAAUAUUGGAGGACAGCUAAAGGAGCUCCGGGAGACAUGGAGUUCAGGGAUCUAACGACCAGGGUCGGACUCUGGUAUGGGAACUUCAUGAAUAAUGCAGACCCCAGGACAGAAGACUGGUUUCUCAUGUCAUCGCCGCUCCCCCAGACCGUAGUAAUCGUGGCGUACAUCUACUUUGUGACGCGGCUGGGGCCCAGGCUCAUGGAGAAACGCAAGGCCUUCCACCUCAAAGAAGUUCUCAUCAUCUACAACUUCAGCGUCGUUGCCUUGUCCCUCUACAUGUGCUAUGAGUAUGUGAUGUCGGGCUGGGGGACGGGCUACACGUUCCACUGUGACCUAGUGGACUACUCGGACUCGCCGCAGGCAGUGAGGAUGGCAAGGACAUGUUGGCUCUACUACUUCUCAAAGUUCAUAGAGAUGUUGGAUACGAUCUUUUUUGUUCUGAGGAAGAAGAACAGCCAGAUUACGUUCCUCCAUGUCUACCAUCACUCCAUAAUGCCCUUUACCUGGUGGUUUGGUGUCCGCUUCGCUGCAGGUGGCCAGGGGACGUUCCAUGCCCUGUUGAACUGUGUGGUCCAUGUCAUCAUGUACUCUUACUACGGCCUGUCUGCCCUGGGCCCCGCCUACCAGAAGUACCUCUGGUGGAAGAAGUAUCUCACCACCAUUCAGCUGAUCCAGUUUGUGAUCGUGACCACCCACAUCUGGCAGUAUUUCUUCAUGAAGGACUGUCCCUACCAGUUCCCCAUCUUCAUCUACAUAAUAGGCCUCUACGGCCUGGUCUUUCUCCUCCUCUUCCUCAACUUCUGGUACCACGCCUACACCAAGGGCAAGAGGCUGCCCAAAGUCCUUCAAGCCAAAACUUGGGCCCACCCCUACAAUAAAACUAAUGGCCAAUACAAUAGUGAAAUAACCAACGGGAAUGGUUUCCAUCACGACAAGAAUAAGUGACAGGGUGUCCAGCAAAUCAGGCUAAGGAUUUGGGGUUGAAUGCAUUUGAAUAUCAGCCUAUUCAGCAACUGAAAUUAGACAUGGAUUUCCAAUAUAAGUCAGCACACCUUUGAAUUCAAAGAUAAUUGACACCAACCCUCUGGACCUUCUGAUCUCUUCUGUUCUCUCUGCCAAGGCAAUCUCUUCUGUUCUCUCUGCCAAGGCAAUCUCUUCUGUUCUCUCUGCCAAGGCAAUCUCUUCUGUUCUCUCUGCCAAGGCAAUCU